UGACAAUCUAAAUGUAGCUGUAUUUUUUAGGAUAUUUUUUAAUUAGUUUUUUAAAUUUUAAUAAUAUCAGUAUACUGUCUUAAACAGAGACAAAAUGGCAAAGGAAGUUUCGAUGUGCACGCAAUUACAGCAAUGGAGUCCCGUAAGAGAAACAGCAGGUGCACCGAGCGUGCCGCCUCAGGUGGGGUACUGCUUCCACUCGCCAAAGAAGCAUCCCUGGAGACCGAUCAUGGGCUACGAAGAAAUCGAAGUCACACCUAUGCCAUCUCAACCCAUAACGAAUACUAUGGUUGAUCCUUGCUAUACCCCGGCCGGAAUGGCGGCAGAGCCUCUGAGGUUCCCCAAUCUGGUAACAGGAUUUGAUAGAAGCCCCGAGCACGCCGCCCGAGCUGCUCUCUACACCCGCUACACUCAGUACGAAUGGAAUCAGAACAGCAUCAAGAAUUACAAUGAGUCAGAUGCAAAGAGAAAUUUCUCAGAACGAGUUAGGAAUGAUAUCAUGAGGAUGUUGAGGGAAACUGAUGAAAUUGGCACUCAAGGACAAAGAGAUUCAGGCAGGAGGAUUGGGGAGCGUAUAACCGACACAACAUUUUGGCGGAAUGAGGUGGCAAUAGAGAUGGAGCGUUUAGUAGCCACUUGUGAAAAAUUAAAUGACACUCGUCGGCAAUUGGAGAGAGCGAUCGCUGGUAUCGAAGGACCACUGCAUAUCGUUCAAGAGUGUCUGUAUCACAGGGAGAAGAGACAAGGUUUGGAGCAAGUGCAUGAUUCGGUAGAGCAAUCUUUGUUAAAAGAAGUCGCUAUUCUGCGCGAAUGCCAGGAUAAAUUUAGAAAUAUGUUGGAAAAGGUGCGAGCACAAUCGAAGAAUUGCCGAGCAACACAGCAUGAGCUGGAGACCGACAUGCGAAACAAGGAUGUCCGGCUCGAAGGACCAGUUUACCAUAACACACAUGUGGGUUUCACGCAUUCUAAAUAUACCAGUGGACAAUAAAAUUAGGUUAUCUACCAAGCCGAGAUUCAUCACUAUGUUCUUUUUUAUUAUUUGUUAAUUUUUGGAUUAAAUAAUGCUAUAAGUAGCGACACAAUAAAAAUUUUAAUUGAAGAUAAUAAAUCCAUAACAAAAGAAAAUAGAAGUGGCCUGAUUUUUUGUGUCCAUUAGUUAGAUAUUCGUUUAAACUCGACUUCGAUGGGGCAAUUUAAAUUUUAUCGAAAUUGAAUUAGUAGUUUUCUUUUUAUAACAAAAUAAAAUACGCGUUUCCUCAGAUAUCACCUAAAUAUGUUGUCAUAUUUAUAUCAGCGAAAAAACAUAAGAUUUAUAUGUUUAAAACGAGUAGGUACUAAUUGAUCAAAUAUAAUAAUUAGAACAACUUUUCAUCUUUACCGAAAGUGUAAAUAUUUGUAAAAAUAUUUAUUUCGGCUGUUUGGGUGGAUUGCCUGAACAUAGAUGAGAAUACGCUCUGUAGUAGCGAAAAAAGUAACAAGUGCUUAAAAAUUCGUCAGUCCUGGGUAGCUCGGGAGGGGGGGGACCCAAGAUAAGGGCUAUGCCUGUGUGGAUCCUCCCAACACGAUGGGUAGGGGACUAGAGAUUGCACAGUUGCGCAUCUCUGGUCUCUAGUCAGGGGCAGCUGGCCGGUUUGCGCGCUGGUCGACAUUGCACGCUUCUGCCUCGUCGUGGGGGUGCGUCUCGAAUGUCUCUGAGACGUACCUUCAACCCGCAGAGGGACCUGCCCUUCUCAGGGCGUUCCGAAAUGGGGGCGAACUGCGCGGUGUAUGGCCUCCGGGCCGAUGCCGCGCAUCGCCUUCCAUGCGAGGGACAUCGCUGAGUUUUAGUGGGUAAACUCCUGUUUCUUGUCUAGCCCCUUCGGGGGUAGGGCCACAGGAGGAGUCCCACCCAUGGAGCCCGCGCAGGGUGAAGCGGGUAUGCGUAACGCAUUUAUCAGCGUGUCCUGGGUAGCUCACUCUUUAGAACAGUCGCCCGGAUUGCGAAAGGUCAUGGGUUCGCACCCCAUCUCAGAGUUGCAGGAACCAAGUGGAUUUAUUUUGCAUUUUUCAUUAAGAAUAUUUUUAAGUAUAGCAUUGGGAAUGCGAAAUUGCUCAAAUAUAAUAGCUAUUUAUAUAUUCAGCAGAUAGUCGUGAACAAUGCAAGUAGACAAAUAAAUAAAAAAUUCAGGCCUUUCGUUGUAAAUAUAAUUUAUUUUAUAGAUAUUUAAUAGUUUAGUGGUAUCUAUACAACAUAUUUAUAUAAAGCACAUAUAUAAGUAUCACUGAAAUAAUAACAUUUUUCAAAGAAUAGGACCUACUACAAAUCUAAGUAUGGUUUAUAAAUUUUUAAAAUUUGAUUCUAUUUUUUAUCGAACCGAUUAUUGCCAUUAUUAAAAUGAUUUUUAUAUGGCAAAUAUUGGCGCUAUAAAGCUAUUUAUAAUAGAUUUGUCUAAAAAGUAGUAAUUUGAAACAAUUGCGCCUUAACUUAAAUCGUUAGAGGAGACUUAUUUGAAUUGCGUAGGGUCUACAAUUUUACGCGGGCAUCGAGCGCUACGACCCGACGGUGUGCGACACGGCGCGCUGGGCUGCCGCCUCCGCCGCCACGCUGCAGCGCUCGCAGUCUGAACGCGCCAAGGCCGUGCAAAUGCUCUCCGACACAGAGAACCUUAUAAACGUAUCAGCGACGCAGAUCUGGGACCAGUGGAGCAACACCAACAGCGCGUUCACGCGCCGCGUCGCCGAGACCAUCGAGAUCAAGAACAAACUGCAGCUGCAUCUACACAAGAUCCAGCAGGAGAUCUUCGACGUGGAGAAGACGCUGGAGCUGCUGAACAAGGCCAUCGAGGACAAGCUGCAGCCCAUGAAGGUGGCGCACACGCGGCUGCAGGCGCGCACCAACCGCCCGCACCUGGAGAAGUGCCGCGACGAGGCGCAGAACAGACUGGUGAAGGAGGUGUGCGACCUGCAAGAGACGAUGGAGACGUUGCGCGGGCGCAUCGCGACGGCGGAGGGCACGCACCAGACGCUGCUGGGCGUGCGCGCGGGGCUGGAGGCGGACCUGCGCAACAAGACCACGACGCUGUUCAUCGACCGCGACCAGUGCAUGGGCCUGCGCCGCGGCUACCCGGUCACCGCCGCCAUCAAGGCCUGACCGCGCAAUAUACGCAUCACCACCUAUAUACCGCUUUCAUUUCAUUUCCCCUGCUUCCAAGUCGAAAGUCGAUCUGUUCUGUACGUAUUAAAAUUUAUUUAUUGAGGGAUUAAUUCAUUCACUUUGACUGAUGGGAAGGAUGAGCUAGAGGAACUCCAGCUCUAACAGAAGUUAUUAAAUUAAAAUAAAUUAGAUAUAGUAUAUUAA